CUGUCUCUCUCGCACACUGCUGGGUUUGCACCAGACAAGAGGAGGAGCGGCGGAUAUAGGAGGGGGCGGAGACGAUGGCUGGACUCCUAGUGCACGGCGCAUUGUCCUUCUUGUCAGGGCUCUCUGUGGCGAUCACGGGAUUCGACUGCGAUUCCGCCCGAGAGAUUUUGACUGAAUUGGCACCGGACAGCAGUGCGUUCGAUGCGUCCUCGGCGAUCAACAUGGGGUUCUCAGCGGGGCUAGUGACGGCUGUUCAGGCGGUGCUCCUGCGGCGGUUGAUCAACGGGGCGCUCCUCCUCAACACGCUGCCCCUGACAUUCAUCGGCGUGGUGCUGUCCUUGAACGUCUUCUCCGUCUCCGUGCUGGCGGCCCUGGUGCCCGCCCUCGGUGCCUGCCUUUUCGGGCUUUCCCUGGCAAAACUCUGGAUGGAGCUGGCGGACUGUCGGCACGAAACGUCGGUGCGAGAGCCUGACGACGGCCGCGAAUCCUCACGCUCGUGGAAAUGGACAGGCGAUUUGUGCGUUCUGUCGGUGGCGAGCCUUACGGGCGGGCUGCUCUCCGGGAGCUGCCCCCCUCCCGGCCCGGCUUUCAUGGUAGUGCUCCUGGCCGCGGGAGUCGGAGGCAGCGGCGACGCGCUGGCCGUUGGGGGCGGGGAGUGGAGGGCCACGGCAGCGCUAGUAACUUGCAGCGCGUCGCUGCUGCGAGUCGGCCUCCUUCUGUUAGAGAAUGGAGCCGCCGUGGGGCCGCUGCCAGAGGUGUCGGGGCUGGUCUUGGGAGGCCUCGCCGGCCUCGGGAUCGGCAACCUCUCCUUGCGCCUGCUGUCCCGCCCCCGCUGGGGAAUCAACGACAGCAAAAACGGCUCCGCCAACUCCGCCGCGGACGCAUACCGGUGGCACGACACGCCCACCGCGGCGGCCCUCCGGCGCGCCGUCCUCGCCGUCGCACUUGUCUCCUCCAUCGCCAUGGCCGCGGGCGGGCCUCCGGCGGCCCUGGCGGCGGUGUCCCGGCCGGUGGUCGCGGGGGCGCUCGCCGCGACGCUGCUCGUCGCCUCGUUCGGCGCGCUGUGGGGCUGCACGGUCGGCACCGAGGGCGCGGCCGGCGGCGGCGGUGGCGGUGCGCGGGGGGCGUACGGCGAGGUGGCCGCGGACGACCGGGAGGCCCACGAAGUGGAGCUUAGGCCGUUCGUGGGCGAGGGCACCGACGACGAGAACGUUCGCGGGGACGAGGACUACCUGGACGAGGAGGACGGCUACCUUGCGGAUGAAGGGGAAAUGGAACGCAGCGCCAGCAGAGGCAGCAGCAAGAGGGGAAGUGGGGGUCAAGUUGAGUAUUCCACGUUGCCCCCGGCGAGGCGUUCGUCUUUGGGGCCGCCUCGAAGGGGCGUGAGCAGUACGGGGGCGCGGGCGAGCGGCGCAGCAGCUCCACCAGCUGCGGUUGUGGGCAAAGAGAAGAUGAAGGAAGCCCCGCUGGCUAAGUCUAUGUUUCCUGCCGGGCACACUGUUGAGUUGUGAAAAUAGGAAAGAUGCAUGGCUUUUGUGCCCGUCCGUGCGUCGGUCUUCUGUGCUUUUGGCCGUGGACCUAGCCGUCUACAUGGCUGCACUAUAAUAGUAUUGUACAACGCUUUUUUUUUUUUCAGAUUGUUCUAUCUCCAUGAUACCGUCGGUCCGCGGCGCAAUGUUCUAGGGCUUGCCCCUGGUAAUGCCGUACGAUGGCCUCAGGGAGAGUUUCCCUCUGGAGGGGUUGGCGCUCCUUGUGCAGCGCGCGUCCUGGAUGUUCUACACCUGACUUGAAUCCUCGUGGUGCGUUUAACACUCAUUACCUCGGUGCGCGCUGCUGUCUUAACGGGUUAAGAUUAGACUAAGCCCCAAGGCUGAGAUAUCAACAGGCUGAAUUCCUGGUGCCUUGGGUACAAUUCUUUCGCCUUCCCAUUGCCUUUCGUCUUCCUCAUAUAGUUCCCGGGGAGUAGUCAAAUGUGUCAUGUAUUUCCAGUAUUAUACUGGUGCUCCUCCCGCCGCCUUGAGGUGGAUGAAUGAUUUGAUCCUCUCGGGGGGCUAUGCAAGCAUCAUUGUGUUAGUACUCGGGGUAGAUCUAGGUAGAAGUCUCCGAAACGCCCGUGUGUUAUUGUGUUGAGUCUGAAGAUGUUGUUUAUGGCUGUGAGAAUCAGCGUGGUGGGAUCGAGUUUUGUCGAUGCUGCGAAAAACCUCAGGCGCACCCGUCGCAUGUGCUAUGGUGUGACCAAUUGUCGACAGCUCGAUUAUAAAGGCAUUGGCAUACGUGGCGCACAAAGUCCGCUGCCUCGUCGGCGACAAUUUUGAUUGCGGCAGGCAACGUUUAUGUCAUGUUUUUUUUCGCUUCCGUUCGGUGUCUGCAGUCCCAUGGCAUUCGUACGGGUAUACAUGGAACAACGUGUAGACUGCGCCAUCUUGGCUCACGGCUUACCUUUGGCAGGACACAGAAACAAGAGCCUUGAUCCUGUUGCUUACUGUUCCUCAUCACGACUCCCGAGAGAGAAAAAAGUCUGCAAGAACUCAGAGCCGGAGGGAGGGCUUCGUCUCCGU